CACCUGCGACGGGAUGUGCGACAGCCACGUGACACUUCACUGUUGUGUUGACUCCUGAGAAGCUAGCUAACUUCGAGGCUGCUAGUUUUUGUCAACAAGAAGCUCCGUGUGAGCUCAAACAGAAGUAGAAGCCGAAAGAAGCCGUCGCACAGCGGCUUGGUUUUACCCCGCCUUCCUCAUUCUCGCUCGACUGUGACAGGACUGAGCCGGACUGCCAUGUAGACGCGGCGGAAGGAUGAGUGGCCACUUCACUUCCACAGAGGCCACGGAGGACUACACGGUCCAGCAGGAAAAUGAGCUGGAGGCUCUGGCAUCCAUCUUCGAGGAAGACUUCCAGGAUAUUCGCCAAAAGGAUCCGUGGAAUGUGCGAAGACCUUCAGAAGUACACCUCUUUUUGAGACCCAAAGAACUGAACCACAACCAAGAAUGUUACGUGACUGUGGACCUGCAAGUCAAAUGUCCACCUAAUUACCCAGACGUGCCUCCAGACCUGGAGCUAAAGAAUGUUAAAGGUCUCUCAAAUGAUAACCUGCAAACACUCCAGGGUGAACUUACCAAGCUGGCAGCAGCACGUUGUGGGGAGGUGAUGAUUUACGAGCUAGCGGACCACAUUCGGGGAUUCCUGAGCGAGCACAACAAGCCUCCCCCACGGUCCUUCCAUGAGGAGAUGCUGAAGAACCUUGAAAAGCAGCAGGAGAAGCGAGACCUGGAGGAGAAGCAGAGAAUAGACCAGCAGCGCAAGCAGGCGGAAGAAAUGGAAAAAGAAAUCUUGGCUGAAAUCCAGAGAAGAGAAGAGGAAAAACGAGAGGAAAAGAGGAGAAAAGAGAUUGUGAAACAGGAGCAACUUGAGAGUAUGGAAGAGUCUAUCCCUGCUACUAUCCUGGGAAAGAGCCCGCCUAGUCCAUGUGGGACUCCUCUUGAUGUCACAGAUGCCAGAAAAGGAAUCGCACACCGCCGUCGGACUACAUCGAAUUCUCGUCACAGACGUGACACAAUCAACGAAGACAACCCACACACGCAGGAGCGUCUUCACUUCUACAGCAGCACCUUUGGAGAACUUGUUGUGCACAGAGGAAGACAUUUAGGAGUGAGUAAGAGGCUCGGCCGUAAUGUUUAUAAUGGAUUUGAGGUAAACUCAGGUGACUUUGCUGUCAUUUAUGAGUGGUCAUUGCUUUGGAGCAAGAAAAUGGGCACCUUCUUCACCAGCCAGGAGAAAAGCAAGAUUGACAACUGUAAAAAACAGAUCCACGCAGCUGAAAACGAGUUCAAUUCCCUGCUGCGGCUGGAGCACCCAAACCUGGUGCACUAUAAGGCGCUUAGCUCCAGCGAGAAGGAAGACUGCCUUGUGGUGGACAUGCUGGUGGAGCACAUUGGAGGCGUCAGUUUAAACCAAAGUCUCCUCAAUCACACGCCCGUCCCUCUGGACAAACUGUGUCUUUAUACUGCCCAGCUUCUGGCUGCACUCGACUACCUGCACUCCAACUCUGUUGUCCACAAACACCUGGGGGCUUCCAGUGUACUGCUGGACUCUGAUGGCAAUAUUCGAUUGACUGAUUACAGCUUAUCAAAGAGAUUCGCAGAUAUCUGCAAGGAAGAUAUUUUUGAGCAGGCACAUGUGCGCUUCUCUGAAGACACGGCGAUGCCAGCCAAGACAGGCAAGAGGGGGGACGUGUGGAACUUGGGGCUUACUCUGCUGGCUCUGAGUCAAGGCGAAGAAGUGAAGGAGUAUCCAGUGACGGUGCCCUCCAGCCUGCCGACUGACUUCAAGGACUUCCUCCAAAAGUGCAUCUGCCCGAAUGAUGUAGAUCGAUGGACAACGCAGCAACUCUUGGACCACGACUUCCUCAAGCCUCCAUCGCCUAGAAACCCUUUUCAGGACCAGGAAAUCACCCCAGAAGAUAUUGCAGUAGAUUUGGCAUCUUCUGUAAUCCCACACGGCCACAUUCUGAACGGUCCAUUCAGUUCUGGGGUGCUAAGACAGUUUUCCCGCUACUUCAGUGAGUUUGAGGAACUCCAACUUUUGGGCAAAGGGGCGUUCGGCGCUGUUAUUAAGGUUCAGAACAAACUUGAUGGAUGCUACUAUGCUGUGAAGCGCAUCGAGGUCAACCCCGCCAGCAGGCAGUUCAGGCGCAUCAAAGGCGAGGUAACACUGCUCUCACGUCUUAACCAUGAGAACAUUGUGCGCUACUACAAUGCAUGGAUCGAAAAGAGCGAAGUGCCGGCCACGGAGAUGCACAGCAACACCGACAGUUCUGAGCCACUGAGCACUGAUGACAAGCAGCUUUCGCGUGGGAAUCCUGUAGCUCGGCUCAACGAGCUUGGUCUUCCUGACAAUGUGGAGGACAUUGCACCUCCUCCUGCUUUAUCUAGCUCCGUGGAAUGGUCCACGUCUAUUGAGAGGUCCUCCACUGCUAAGCGUAGCCGACAUCAGUCAAGUGAUGAUGAUGAUGAUGAUGAUGAUGAAGACGACGUUUUUGGCGCCUCUUUUUUGCCAUCAGAUAGCGACUCCAUCAGUGACAUAAUUUUUGACAACGGUGAUGACAGCACAGAUGAGAUGUCACAGGGUGGACCUGGCAGAAGGCCGCUAAGUGGCACAACGACAAGUGCAGACACGGAUCGACCUCUUGUUGUUGUGCAUUACCUGUAUAUACAAAUGGAAUACUGUGAAAAAAGCACUUUGCGAGACACAAUAGACCAAGGUCUGCAUCAGGACCAGAAUCGGUUAUGGAGGCUCUUUAGGGAAAUUCUAGACGGUCUUGCUUACAUCCACGAGCAGGGAAUGAUUCACAGGGACUUGAAGCCCGUCAACAUCUUCCUUGACCAUCAAGAUCGUGUGAAAAUUGGUGAUUUUGGUCUGGCUACGGACCAUCCGGCCAGUGUGGCUGCAGAUAAAUUUGAAGUGGAGGAGAGUGGUUCAGCAGCAAUGCAAAAACUGGACCCAACAGGAAACAUGACUGGAAUGGUUGGCACAGCCCUCUAUGUUAGUCCAGAAGUUCAAGGAAAUACCAAAGCUACCUACAACCAAAAAGUUGAUUUGUUCAGCCUGGGCAUCAUUCUCUUUGAGAUGUCCUAUCGGCCUAUGAUCACUGGAGCAGAGCGCAUAUCUGUCUUGAGCCAGCUCCGUGUGGAGGCCAUCCAAUUCCCGGAGGACUUUAGUGCAUACGAGCAAGGAACUCAAAGGAAGGUGAUAGAGUGGUUGCUGAAGCAUGACCCUGCACUGCGCCCCACUGCCCAGGAGCUGCUGAAGAGUGAGCUCCUGCCUCCAUCCCAGAUGGAAGAGUCAGAGUUGCAUGAAGUGUUGCAGCACACCAUGGCCAAUAUCAAUUGCAAAGCUUACCGCAGCAUGGUGGGCCAGUUGUUUGCUCAGAUCACUUCACCAGUCAUGGAUUUCACCUAUGACAUAGACCUGCACAAGGGCAGCUUCAGUUUCAGCAGUGCCAGAUUGCAGCAGUAUGUGUAUGAGACAAUCACCAGGAUCUUCAAGAAGCACAGUGCGGUACGCCUGCAGACACCGCUGCUGCUCCCUAGAAACAGGAAGGUGUAUGAAGGCAGUGAGCCUGCCUGCUUCAUGGACCACAGCGGCAUGCUGGUGACGCUACCUUAUGACCUUCGCAUGGCUUUUGCAAGAUUUGUCGCAAGAAACAACAUAACACUUCUAAAAAGGUACAGCAUUGAGCGCGUGUUUCGCCCCAGGAAGCUGGAUCGUUCUCACCCAAGGGAACUUCUGGAGUGUGCCUUUGACAUCAUCACACCUGUCACCAACAGCCUUCUCCCAGAUGCCGAGACCAUUUACACCAUCUCUGAAAUAGUCCAGGAAUUCCCUGCACUUCAGGAAAGGAAUUAUAACAUAUACUUGAACCAUACUAGCGUGUUAAAGGCUAUCCUGUUGCACAGCGGAAUCCCUGAGGACAAACUGAACCAGGCCUCCAACAUACUAUGUGAUGCCAUGUGUGAAAAGCUGACCAGGCAUGAAGUAGAGGCAAAGUUCUGCAACUUUUCACUGUCGACCAACAGUUUGCAGGUGUUGUACAAGUACAUAGAACAGAAGGGAACUCUGAAGGAAGUGGCACCAUUUCUGAUGUCACUUACCAAGCAGAAGACUGCCGUCACGCAGCUGGCUAAGCAAGGCCUUAAGGACCUGGAGGAGGUCACGAUGCUGCUUCAAAAACUCGGAGUGAAACAGCAAGUAAUAGUCAAUCUAGGUUUAGUUUACAAGGUGCAACACCACUCUGGGAUUAUUUUCCAGUUUGUGGCCUUUAUCAGGAAACGUAAACGGACUGUGCCAGAUAUACUGGCUGCUGGAGGACGUUAUGACCACCUGAUCUUGGAAUUUCGUGGGCCCUCCUCUACGGUGCCAGUCCCCUCUGCAGUGGGUGCCAGUGUGGCGGUGGACAAAGUCUGUGCUGUGGUGGCCAACAUGGAGGAGCCACCAUCAGCAAGCUCCUGUGAUGUACUUGUGGUGCCAGUGGGAUAUUCAUCCAUGUGCAGAGCAGUCAGUGUUGUUCAGAAACUUUGGAGUGCCGGUGUCUCUGCAGACAUUUCUUACGAUGUCUCACAGUCUCAGGAGAUGUUGAUGGACCACUGCAGAGUAGCUGGCAUCACCUGCUUGGCCUUGGUGUCUGACAAAGAGGGUAACUAUGUGAAGGUCAAAUCGUUUGAGAAGGACAGACAAUCUGAGAAAAGGGUUCCUGAGUUGGACUUGGUGGAGCACAUCAUUCAGAAGUAUCGGACCAAAUUCUUUGAAGAAAGGAACAUCAGGGAAAUAUCUGAAAGUAUGUCCCAGAACUCUAAAGGCUCCCAGCUCAACACCACAGGCUCUUCAGAGCAGCAUGGGAGCAGCUGCAGCAUGAACAUGAAUGUGAAUGUCAUCAGUUUGGAGAAAGUCUCUGCCAGUGCAAGACGCCGCUUUGAGACUCAGAUCCACACCAGAUUACAAAAUCUUGCAAGCAGUUUGCAAAACAAGAGCAGUGACAUUGAAGUUCUGGCAGUGGACCUUCAGAAGGAAAUACUGAUCAACUUCCUGUCUCUGGAGUUUGAAAGUGAGGAACAGUACAACAGCAGUGUGAACACUCUGCUGUUGCGUCUCCCCAAGCAGCGCUACUUGAAGUCUAUCUGUGACGAGAUCCACCAUUUCAAAAUGACCAAAAGGGUGCCUGUGGUUGUCUUGUACAGCUUGAAGGACGAUUACUACAAGACCCUUCUGUGAAAAACUUUGUGUUUCACGACCCGGACCACUUCUUGAUUCUGGCUUAGGAAAUGUUCACCUUUGGACUUGAAGAAUAUGUGCUGCAAGCACAUGCCCCCAAAUACGAUUUUCAAUCAUACCUCAGCUAUGUAAGUGUGGUGGCGGUCCUGCCCCAGUAGAAGGUUGGUGGACUUUAUUGCCUUAAGACUUUGUAGUAGGGCUUUUUACUGAGUACAUUAUUUUUUGUAAUAUGCAGUCAGACUGAAAGUGAAAAUAAAUCUUGC